AUGGUUGAUUCCGUGACUCUGGUAAGGCGGAAAGUUGAGAAUUCUUCGUUGGCGGUUGAGACGGAGACUCUUAAUUCCGUCGUCACUCUUGCCGCGAUUGAGUAUGGCAAGGGAAACAUGACAGUGAGUCGAUUACACAUCGAUGGCGUCAAGCGGAUGGUUGAGGCCAGAGGCGGCAUCGACCUCGUCAAGCUUGAGAGCCCGCUCACGGCUAGAAUGUUCCCAACAAAGGAUGAUUCAGGUUCAGGGGACGGCAUCAGCCCCAUCCGACAGUGGCAACUGGAAUUGGGAGGCUCAGUCUCAGAACGAGAAGUCUUGGGUGAUCUGGAUAUAGAUCCUGCCCUUCGCAACAUUCUGAUUCGCCUCCGUGCCAUAUUUCACCAAACGCACCAGCCAAGUUUGACGACCACAGAACUGCACGAUCUGACGUGUUUCGUUAUGCAUAGACUGUUGAUGCUGCCCGCAUUUUCACCACCGGACGCGAGGCGUUCAGCUACUUCGGAAUGCCUGCGACAUGCCUUGGCAUUGUACAUGUUGACUAUUCAUGGGCCAACAUACUAUUCACACGCGGAUCUGGCAAAAAACAUUACACUUCAGCUGAAGAGCUACCUUGAAACGCCGAACCUACUAAACGACAUGUAUGCGCCCUUAAGGAUAUGGAUUCUCACCGUGGCUAUCAUGGCAAAUACAGGGACACCAUAUCGUCAGUGGUUCAUGGCACAAGCUUGUGUGGCCCUGGAGGCGGUUCACGGUUUGCAUACUUGGGAAGACAUUCACGAUUGCCUUAAGGGCGUUUUGUGGGUCCACUCUCACCAAACAGAACUCUUCAAGCGAAAGUGGGAGGACAUUCUGAAGAUUAUGACUGGUUGA